CUCUCCCUCUACAAGUUUUCUCCACUUCAAAAGCUCUCUAUCUCCCCUUUCCCUUUUCCCCUGUUUUUUUUUAUUAUUUGCUGAAUUUAUGGGAAAUUAUUUGAAUUUGGGUGCAUUCUUAUAUUCAUUUUUGUGAUUUUGAAAUUGCGAAUUUUCCCUGUGUUUUUAAGUAAUUUUUUUAUGUUAUUGCUCGGAAUUGCAAUUAAACUCAAUUGAUUGGAUUAUCUACUCUUAAUAAUAAUUAUUCUGAUUAGAAUCGGUUGUUUUGAUAAGGUUGUAAUUUCAUGGUCAUGAUUGAAAAUGUGAUCGAAAUCGAAACCCUUAGAAUUCUGCUUAUCUAUAUGCGAGUUAUUUCUUUCGUUGUGUCAAUUGUAAGGUUGAUAAUAGAGUCGUAUUUGAAUUUUUCUCAAUAUAAUUCGAUGGACUCAAUUGCUCAAAAAAAUUCUCUCUUUUCCUUCUGUAAUUUUUUGAGUUUUUUUUUUUUUUUGGGCUUCAUUCUAACUUGCAUGCACUCUUGGAUUGGGACUUUCCUUUGCCAUGAAGAAACAUUUAAAAUUGUUUUUCUUUUGGUUGCUUGAUGGAUUGUUGGCAUCAUUAAUUUAAUUCCUUUUUUCCUUCAAGAAAGAACAAUAGAAAAUGACAAAUUUACUUGCAUGAAUAAGAAGCUUGAGUAUUUUUUUUUUCUUCUAUGUCUAAGUAAUAUGUUUGGAUCAAAUAAGAUUUUUUUUUUUUUACAGCGAAAUUUGAUUGAAGGAAAAGCAAGUAGUAAAACUGGUGCUAAAGCAGGCCUUGAAGUUCAGGGCUUCAUAGUUGCUUGAUAUCUGAGUUAGGAACUUAAAAGGAAAAAGGAAAAGGAAAAAAAAGAAUGCAAGGUGGUGUGGAUUUCUUGAACUGCCUUCAUCAUGACUUAUCCAUAAAGAUUCUUAUGUCUUUAGAGGAUCCAGCUGAUCUUGUUCGCCUUGGUGUUGUCUCACGUUCCUGGCGACAUUUUGUGAUUACAAAUGGUCUAUGUAAGAAUCUGUGCCGGAGAAUGUUUCCUCAAUUAUCUAGACUUGAUCGUGUGAAUGAGCUAAGUGGUAUUGUGAAAAGGCAUGCUGAAGCUGGACCCAGCAAAUUUAUGGAAUGGGAAGCUUUGGAGAGGGAGCAUAGAGUUUUUGCCUUUUUAGCUCGAGGUUGUUUGUCAUUUGGCCUCAGGGACUGCAUCUCAGAAGCAAUCAUCGCUUCUAGCACUGAUAAUUAUCCAGAGGAAAGAAUAGAUAAUACUUUGGAACCGAGAGAUAGGGUCGCACGGAGAGCUUCAUACUGGUCGAGUAAAGGUCAAAGUAAUCCUGAAGUGCCUGAAAUGUUGACAUAUAAAUUGGCCGCUGAUUUGUGUGUUAUAACUGAUAUCAAUAUACGCCCUUUCCAAGCUUACUUCCAGUUGGGUUACCCUAUAUAUUCAGCAAAAUCUGUGAGAUUUCGCAUGGGUCAUAUCAAAUCCUCCAUGGACUGUCUUGUGGAUGAUUCAUGGCAGGGUUCUAGUGAUGACAAGUAUGCAUGGACUUACACCUCACGGGAGUUUCCAAUGUCUCAGGAAAAUAGCUUGCAGAAUUUCAGGCUUCCAGAACCUGUUCUUUGCAUUGGUGGAAUCCUACAGGUUGAGCUGUUGGGUAGGGUCCAGAGACAGGAGAUGGAUGGUUUGUUCUAUAUAUGCGUGUCUCAUGUUCAAGUUUUGGGACGCCCGCUGGCACCUGGUUUCAGUAUUCAGAUACUUGAACCCUCUGAAAAAUUUGUGCUGAACUUGCUGAGUUAUACAGAACCAACUGUACCUGAACAGCCAAGUUCCGUUUCCAAUUUGCACAUGCGCGUGCGAGGUUUGGAGCAAAUUGUGAAUCUAUUGCGGGGCAAUGUAGAUGUGGAAUACGGGUAUGGAUGGGAUAUAGAUGAUGAAGAUUCGGAUGAGGAUGAAGAGGUAGAUGAAGAUUAACCUCCUGCUGCUUUUUCUGUUCCCUCCUUCGAAACUUUAGUAAGAGGUCACAUAGAAUCUAUAUUCUCUGAAACACUACGAGUGUGUUGGGCCACACUUCGGCUUAUAGCUCCUCUGGGAGUGUCAUGUAACCUUGUUACCGGAUUAGUUCUGGUAUAAUAUGCUAGUGUUAUCAAUAUUUAUAAGCUUUAUUCAAGGUA